AUUCUCGUCAAUUCUUAUAUUUUGUUAUACAUCUAGAUUAGCCAGCCGAGCUGACAACCAUGUUCUGUAAAACCGGGUCAUUGUUCAAUGCCGCUUUUUACUAGGGACGGAUGCACACACACCAGAUAGUGGGACUGAAGUUUAUUUACAUCAACAACAACAACGCAACAAAAAGUUAUCGUGCAAUGCGUACCACAUGCUCCAAUAUUGGGAGUUGUAGUAACAGUUCGCAGUCAUGCAUGAAAGGGAACUUGAUGAGAGGAAUGAAAUUGAUGAUUAUGAGCUUGUGAGAAGAGAUGAGGAAGAAGGAUUAGGGAAAAUUUCAGUUCACCAGGAGGAUGGACCAUGGAUACACAAAUGGCGAAUCGUAAAGCCUUGGUAUGUAUAAACCUAGAGGCUCAAUGGACCAGGGCUGAAUUCAAAAAUGUAGGAUUUGGAUAGGAUUCAGUAUUUCGUCUAUACUAACGGCAAGGAGACUUUUGACUACUGAUUUUAGUAAGAUUUUGUACUCCAUUUCUGUUCUGGUUGAACCCAAGCUGACACGGUUUUUUUAAGGAUAUCGUAAGUCUUUUCCCCAUGAAUAGGCACUAUUUUCAUUCAAAUGAAGAUCUACAUCUUCACAUAUCUUACUCCUGUUUAGCAAUAUGUUUUCUUGUUUUAUUGCAAAUCACUGCGUACUUCGGCUUGAGCAUUUUUGCCGUCCUGAUAAGUUUUGUCGACUACUUCACCAGUUUUCCGGAUUUGAAUCCAAAUCGGGGUCCAUCAUUUUUAGAAGGCGUUUCCGUUAUUACUAGAUAUUGCCUCACGGUACUCAUUUCAAUGAUUGCUUUGAUAUACAAUACGAAAGCGAUCAUGCUUUUCAACAAUUUGGCUGUAUUUUCUACUCUAUUAGUAUGCAGACUCUUCAUCUUUUAGUUUGCACUUUCUGACACUUCAAUAGAUACUGACAUAUGCAUUUGAUGCUUUCCUUUUUAGUCUAGCAUACGAUUUACGAAUGCUUCCUCGAGACAAAGGAUUUGACAAGACCAUUGUUGUCUGGGCCUUGGGCAUCUUUUUCCUUACUUCCACAAUUGUCUAUAACGACUAUCGACUCAACGUAGAAGCGCUUUCAUUUGCAAUACUUGGUAUGUUUCUCCUCAGUCUCGCCAGAACGGUGGCUGCGAUCGGAUAUCAAGUGCCUUCUCCCAAAAACCCUUCUCACGGAGCCUCACUCUAUUUCAUGCUUUGGGCUGGUUUACCUCCAUGUUUGCUCAUCACUCUCUAUACCGCAUACAAAUAUGAAGACUUCGGAACGGCAUUCUCUAUCCUUCGGACUUGGGAUUUUUCGACUUUUAUGAAGAACCUGGCUCCAGGUGCAUUAACUCAUGUUCUUUGGAAUACUCCUUUACGAUCCACAUUGUCACUUUCUACCAGUUCGAGGUCACCUUAUGAAUCAACAGACGAAAAUGCCCCGGAUGCAAUCGAUGCAACGCUCCACCUCUCCCUAGGUCUGAUGCUCAUGAGUACACUUAAGGAAGAAAAUGCGCUGGACUGGUUCCAGAUUUUUGCCUUCAUGCUCAUUUACCUUAUUAGUAUUGGCCCGAGAGAGAUAAGCCUCUAUUUUCCUAAAUCCAUAAAUUUUGUCUAUACUAUAAGGCGGAAGUCUGGCAUACCAACUCGAAGGCUCUACCCAAUGUGGCAUAAGCCGAUUUUACUUUGGACCACCACGCUUAUAUUCACCGUCAUGAGUUCAGCAGGUAUACUUUACUGGAUGGACACAAUCUCCAUUCGUCACGAUCAGAAAUUCUGGACAGGUCCAGAAUCUCCAUCUUUAGACACAAUUUACAGAGCAUCAACUAAAAAUCGUCUCCAAAUCGUCAUCGCUCAUUCAGCCGGCGAAUCAAUCCCUGAAAUUAAAUGGAUCGUAACUGGGAUUUUAACAUCACAGCCUGCCGUUUUGGCACACAAACCAAAUGUUGUAAUCUAUACAAAAGAUCCGUCGGCAGACAUCGUGAAGAAACUUCGAACAGAAGUCGUUUUCGGGGAUAUACAUCCUCUUCCCAAUAUUGGAGGUGUAUCUGGAAUUUUCCUUCAUCAUAUAUUGAAGAAUUGGGAUGAUCUACCUACGCAGACGCUUUUUCUCACUACCUCUUCAUAUACCAUCGAUAAUUUCGAUCUAAUCGGUCGUCGGUUAUUCGAUUAUUAUAAUCCUGCGCAACUACCACCCGCGGCAGAAAACUCGGAUACUUUAACCGGUUUCCUGAAUCUGGGGGAACUGGAAACGUGUGAUUGUUAUGGAUGCCUUGAUAAAAGUGGCUGGAAUGAUACAUUCAGACUAAUCCCGAGCAUGUGGUCUGCAUCUCGUCCGGUGGAAAAAGGUCAAGCAUCUCAUCAAUGCAAGAAAGUUAUUAUAACACAUGGAAAUAAUUUCAUUGCUUCAGCGGCACGCAUUCGAGGAAUCAAAAAGGAUAUUUGGGAGACUCUCAAUGAUGCGUUGUCAGACGAAUCAUUAAGUAGGGGCUGGGCUCAUGAUAGAUUGAAAUUAGGACCCGGAGGAAGAGAUGCGGAAAUUUUUGGUGAAAAGGACAGUUUGGAAAAACCGCAUUUGGGAUAUACGGUUGAGAGGCUGUGGGGAAUUCUGUUGGGCUGUUCAAAGCAGAAGAUUGCAUGGAGAUGUCCUAACUUGUGGAAGGGGUGGAGGAGGGGCUGGGAGAAGGAGGAUUGUGCCUGUAGAGAUUGAGAGUGCAUAUAGACAGCGGUGAAUGAACGAUAAUAGAUGUGUAUAAUUCAUGGAUGGACGCUAAGCUUCAGGUAGUGCACAUAUCUCCCAAGCUGACUAUUGUUCAUUAAUACGCUCACUUUCCUCCCCAUCUACUUCACGUCAAGCACACGAAUAUUUGAACGCCAAAAUUAGUUUCUUGGUCCGAUCACGUUUUAUCAUCAGUUCUACCUUCAUUUCCAACUCUACUGAUGAAUUUAUGCCCGCUUUCCCCUUCGUUCCUUCUCUACCCUUACGAUGAGUGAUUAUCUGUACAAUAAUUUGAAACCAAUAGCAACGCAAAAAUUCACGGUCACAACGGCAAGCGAUAUACCCAGCUGGAGAAAAACCGCAAUGGCAUAUAUAUACAG